ACAAUAAAGUCACGAACGUGCCCACAACUAUGAUGGUUUCUUACACACUUCCUGCCUGUGAUAGGUUGCUAUGCCCUGACCUACUUCCGCCCUCACUUGGGGUUGAUGCAGGGGUAAACAUACUCCGACGGAGACGUCUGCUCUUCUUGGCUGCCGCCGGGAGUGGCUUUUGUUUUGGGGAACUGGGAGUUAUUAGCCCUGUAAGAGCCUUCGAGUUGGCCGUCACUAGGCAGCAUCAUGUUGUGUACAGCCGUGUUCAUUUGAUAUUAAGACAAUAAGAGUUGUUAAAAAUGUUUGGGGCAACUCAGAUUUCAAAGGCCCAGUUCUUGGACAAGGCAAGGCAGGCACGUGAGGAGAGGAAAGGUCUCAAAGAGCGAGAGAGAGCUGCAAUAAAAAUCCAAGGCCUCAUCAGAAGAUUUCUGUGCCGGUGUCGGCUGCAGAGAGAAAUCAGACAAGAAGUAGAUGAGUUUCUAGAAGGCACAGAAAAUGGAUCCGUCAAGGCCAAUGCACUCUCUAUUUUCAGAAUAGCACGGAAACUUCUGAUAAUAUUCCGGCCACAGCAAGACCGAGUGAGGUUUGAAAAACUUUGUCGCUAUAUACUAAAUAGCAUGGAGUAUGAGAAUGAACCUAAGGUCUGGUUUGUGUCUCUUGCUCUGUCCAAGGACCUCACUCUGUUGUGGAUAAAGCAAAUUAAAGACAUCCUAUGGCUGUGUUGUGAGUUUCUCAAGAUAUUAAAACCGGACAUCAUGCAGGAUUCCAAACUUAUCACCCUCUACCUCACUAUGCUGGUCAACUUCACAGACACGUCCACCUGGAAGAUAUGCAGAGGAAAAGGAGAAAGUCUGAGACCGGCAAUGAACCAUAUCUGUGCAAAUAUAAUGGGCCAGCUCAACCAGAAAGGCUUUUACUCUGUGUUACAGAUCGUUCUCACCAAUGGCUUGGCCCGAUCUCGCCCAUCUCUGUCCAAAGCCACCUUAACAGCCCUGUUUUCUCUGGCAUUACGUCCUGUGGUGGCAGCGCAGUUUUCUGACAAUCUUCUCCGCUCAUUCCUGGUCAACAUAAUGUCUGUACCGGCUCUGAUUUCUCACCUUUCUAUCCUUUCUCCAGAUCGUUUGUCAGUGAUAGAAUCUAAUGGGCUCUUUCAUAAAUUCAUUUUGUUCCUGAGUCGAGAAGAACAGUGUAGAGAUGUGUGCAUGUGUCUUGAAGGAAGCCACACCCUCUGCUUGCUAGGUAACCUUAUCCACCUGGGCCAUCUGACAGAGAAAGUUCUGGAGGAAGAAACGGGUCACUUUGUCAGCGUACUUACACAAAUGUUAUCAUAUUGCCAAAAAUAUGUGUCCCAGAAGAAGUCCAAUCUUACACACUGGCACUCUGUCUUAGGCUGGUUCUCUCAGACUGUUGAUUAUGGGCUCAAUGAGUCAAUGCCUUUACUCACCAAGCAGCUUCAGCAUCUGUGGGGUGUCCAUAUGAUCAGAAUUUUAUUUCGAGAAGUCCUUAGUAAGAAAUUAGCAGAGAAUCAUGAGGUGUCUCUUGUGACCACAUCAAGCUCCUCCCCACAAAACAACCUGCCCAUGAAGAACCUUUUUAAAAGGGCAUUCCAGAAAUCUGCCUCUGUCCGCCAUAUCUUGAAGCCAAUCGGAGGUAAAAGAGUAGACUCACAAGAGGUGCAGAAGGUUUGCAAUAUCUGUGUGUUGUACCAAACAGCACUUACAACUCUCACCCAAAUUCGGCUUCAAAUACUUACUGGUCUCACAUACCUGGAUGAUCUUCUCCCCAAGCUAUGGGCUUUCAUCUGUGAAUUGGGACCUCAAGGAGGGCUGAAACUCUUCCUAGAGUGCUUGAGCAAUGAUACGGAAGAGUCCUGCAGACUUCUGGCCAUGCUAGUUCUCUUCUGUGACUGCUCCAGGCACUUAAUUACGAUUCUUGAUGAUAUUGAGGUGUAUGAAGAGCAGAUAUCAUUUAAACUGGAGGAACUUGUCACAAUCUCUUCCUUUCUCAACUGCUUUGUGUUCAAAAUGAUUUGGGACGGUCUCCUGGAGAAUGCAAAAGGAGAAACCCUUGAGCUUUUCCAUUCAGUGCACGGCUGGCUGAUGGUUCUAUAUGAGCGAGAUUGCCGCAGGAGAUUUGCUCCAGAAGACCAUUGGUUACGAAAGGAUCUUAAACCAGCUUUGCUCUUCCAAGAACUGGACAAGGAGAGAAAGAGAGCCCAAUUCUUGCUUCAGUACAUCCCUCAUGUCAUCCCACACAAGAAUAGAGUCCUUUUGUUCAGGAACAUAGUUACUAAAGAGAAGGAGAAGCUGGGUUUAGUGGAGACCAACAUUGCUUCUCCACAUGUUACACACAUCACUAUACGUCGAUCACGAAUGCUGGAGGAUGGGUAUGACCAGCUGAGACAGCUCUCCCAGAAUGCAAUGAAAGGUGUUAUUCGAGUGAAAUUUGUCAAUGACCUAGGGGUAGAUGAGGCUGGAAUUGACCAAGAUGGAGUCUUUAAAGAAUUCUUAGAGGAGAUCAUUAAGAAAGUGUUUGAUCCUGCACUGAAUCUUUUCAAGACUACCAGCUCUGGAGAUCGAUUAUACCCAUCUCCUACGUCUUAUAUCCAUGAGAACUACCUCCAGUUGUUUGAGUUUGUAGGGAAGAUGCUGGGAAAGGCAGUCUACGAGGGUAUUGUGGUGGAUGUUCCCUUUGCUUCCUUCUUUGUCAGCCAGCUGCUAGGGCACCAUCACAGCAUUUUCUACAGCUCUGUGGAUGAGCUGCCGUCUCUGGACUCUGAGUUCUACAAGAAUCUCACAUCCAUUAAGCGUUACGACGGAGAUAUUGGCGAUCUAGGCCUCACACUUUCUUAUGAUGAAGACGUCAUGGGUCAGCUGGUAUGUCAUGAGCUUAUUCCAGGAGGGAAAUCCAUUACAGUUACCAAUGAAAACAAGAUCAGUUACAUCCACCUCAUGGCCCACUUCCGCAUGCACACACAGAUUAAGAACCAGACUGCUGCUCUAAUAAGUGGCUUUCGCUCCAUCAUCCGCCCAGAAUGGAUACGCAUGUUCUCUGCACCUGAGCUGCAGCGUCUUAUAUCAGGAGACAAUGCUGAGAUAGACUUGGAUGAUCUCAAGAAGCACACUGUGUACUAUGGCGGUUUCCACGGCAGUCAUCGUGUUAUUAUUUGGCUGUGGGAUAUUAUGGCUAAUGACUUCACCUCUGAUGAAAAAGCAAUGUUUCUAAAGUUUGUUACCAGCUGCUCCCGACCUCCUUUGUUAGGGUUUGCCUAUCUUAAACCUCCAUUCUCCAUCCGCUGUGUGGAAGUAUCAGAUGAUCAGGAUACUGGAGACACUUUGGGUAGCGUUCUGCGUGGUUUCUUUACCAUAAGGAAACGGGAGCCAGGUGGUCGCCUCCCCACCUCCUCUACCUGUUUCAACCUCCUAAAACUACCCAACUACAGCAAGAAGGGGAUCUUGAGAGAGAAACUCCGCUAUGCUAUCAGCAUGAACACUGGCUUUGAGCUGUCCUAGCACUCCUGGUUUGAUUUCAUCUCUGAUGUUCUAACGUCAAGGAUCAAUUUCCCGCCAAUGAGGCCUGCGGACCAUAUUGUUUAAAGUUUGUGCAGCAUAGUGGCUAAAAUAUCAGACAAUCUAUCACAAAUUUUAGCUGUUUCCCUGGUAUUGUUGUGUAUAUGAUUAUUCUUCCGGUUGCAGACAAUGUGUUUUGUUUCUAAAAUGUCAAAAAAACAUGCAUUUUAUUCUAAAUGUGUCCUUUUGAGAACUAGGUAAUAAUGUAAGAACACCAGUUUAAGCUGUUUGGACAGAUUUGCGCCCACGCUGGUGUACUCAGUAGGUCCUCAUUAGUCAAGGUCAGAGAAUAGGCACUGUGCAUAGUAAAGGUUGGGGAUCACAUUAUGCAACACUAGGCUGGCCAUUGUAACAUACAGUACAUACAGUACUAUGGCACUAUUUUUACACUGGUCUUACAAAGUAAAUCUUUGUUUUCUUAAGAGUAUAAACACAAUAUCUAUAACUAGUUUUACCAGUAGACUAGUGCUGCUUCCCUAUUUCUGAUCAGUAGCAUACUGUCCACCUCUGUAAUGUAUAUAAAUAUGUAUUUCUGGUAUAAAAGUACAUUCUAUAAAUAGAAAUUUAUUUAUUGCACAGAUCCUUAAUUUGAUCAAGUGAUCGAAUAACCUAAUGACCUCUCUUUCCAUAACUCCAGUAAUGCCAUCCUUUUAUCCCUUGCAUCAGUAUAUUUUCAUGUGUCCCUGCUUAGAUAGGAUAACUGUUGUGCAUAGCUCUAGUCCACUGAUUUAUCUUACUGUAUGUUGGUGUUUAUCUCGUUACAGAUAUAUGUGGGGAUGUAUGCUAAUAAGCAAUUCUAAAUCAUCCACGUUUCAGGGUGGCCAUGCCUUUCUAUACUGAUACUAUUUGUCAAGGUCUUGAGUGCUACCUAGUUUGUUUCCUUAGGACCAUGACUUGCUUUUAUGUGUGUGUGUGUGUGUGUGUGUGUGUGUGUGUGUGUGUGUGUGUAUGUAUGUAUAUAUAUAUAUAUAUAUAUAUAUAUAUAUAUAUAUAUAGUGAUUCAAAAGUCGCAGUAUACCCUUUUGUUUCAAAAACUGUGCAGGAAAUGGGAAAACUGACUUAGAUUCAAGAUUCAAGAUGGCUGAUUUCAAGAUGGUGCCCAUGUUCGGUACAUACCUUAAAAGAUAGCCCACCUCACCCAUCUCUUACUGGAGUAUUUAGAUUUCCCAUUUCCAGCACAGUUUUUCAAACAAAAGGGUGUACUGCGACUUUUGAAUCACCCUGUAUAUACUGUAUAUGUAUAAAUCAAUUAGAGGGUGCACUUACCAGACUUGAAGUUAAAAGUGUAGGUUUAUUCGGCAGAGGCAGAAGCUGGUUGCAUUAACGUUUCAAUCCCCAGUUGGACCUCUGUCAAGGGGUCCAAGAGCAAUAUAUAUAUCAUCGCCUCACAUAUAGUAACAGUAGAUAUUUAUGUUGAGGCUGGUAGCAAAUAAUAUGUUAGCGGCCAUGCACCAGGCAGACCAACUGACUACUUAUUUUGAAAGCUGUGCAAAGUUAGGAACUGGGUAGAGACUUCUUUUAUGCCCAUAUGUAUUAUGACCAAAUAUAUUCUGUGGGUUCUCUCUGUAAGACUGGAGGUAACUUGCUGCAGGCUGAAAUGUUACUGUAAAAGGCUUAUUUAAAAUCGCUUUAUUCUAGCCUGUUAAACGCUGGGUUUCUGUAUGCAGAACAUUUAAUAGAACACAGUUAAAAUUGUAAGCCCACAAUUUCCUACCCUUAUACUUGUAUCUUCUGGAGAUCUCGUAGGAUGCACAAUGGUCAGAAAUACAUAAAUAGCACCAGUAUAAUGUCAUUAUUUGGUUUGAUUUAAAAUGGACAUUAUCCACAACAUCCACAUCUAAAUACUACGAACAUCAUUUAAUAAAUCAUCAUAGUCCAAAAACUGUUUUAUUAUAGCAUUUUAUAUGUUUAAUAGGGAUUUGUUUUUCAUUAUAAUGGAAAUUGUAAAUAGCUGUAGAGUGAGACAUGAGGUUGUUUUCUUACCCCGUUGUCAGAUGCUGCCAUCAGUCUGUGAGCUACUACUUCAUCCUGCAUCUGCUAUAGGAACAGCAAGCCACUGAAGGGUACAGAUCUGCAAGCACUGCUACUCCAGAAGGCAAUGAGGGGCAUCCUCGUACUGUGUAAUGGGGAAGGUCCUGCCAUCCAUUAACUGCUUGUACAAAUGCUAAAUAAAUUAUUCAUCAUUUCUUUUGCAAUAAAUCGAUACACCCUUUUA